GUCUUUCACAGGUGUACCGGCUCCUCCCCUCCAGUCUUUCACAGGGGUACCGGCUCCUCCCCUUCAGUCUUGCACAGGUGUACCGGCUCCUCCCCUUCAGUCUGGCACAGGUGUAACGGCUCCUCCUCUCCAGUCUGGCACAGGAGUACUGGCUCCUCCCCUUCAGUCUUGCACAGGUGUAACGGCUCCUCCUCUCCAGUCUUGCACAGGUGUAUCGGCUCCUCCCCUCCAGUCUUGCACAGGUGUACCAGCUCCUCCCCUCCUCCAGUCUUGCACAGGUGUACCGGCUCCUCCCCUUCAGUCUUGCACAGGUGUACCGGCUCCUCCCCUUCAGUCUGGCACAGGUGUAACGGCUCCUCCUCUCCAGUCUUGCACAGGAGUACUGGCUCCUCCCCUUCAGUCUUGCACAGGUGUAACGGCUCCUCCUCUCCAGUCUUGCACAGGUGUAUCGGCUCCUCCCCUUCAGUCUUGCACAGGUGUACCGGCUCCUCCCCUUCAGUCUUGCACAGGUGUACCGGCUCCUCCCCUUCAGUCUUGCACAGGUGUACCGGCUCCUCCCCUUCAGUCUUGCACAGGUGU